AGAAUUUGCCAAAGCAGGAAGUGUGGAUAAUGUAUAUAAACCUCUCUAACUUCUUUCUCUCCACCUUCCUUCUUCCUACAGAUAAAGCAGAUAACUUCAUCCUGCCCUGAGGACAACACAAUGGCCUUAUUCACGGGGGUUUUGUUCCUGGCUGCUGUGUGGCUUCCGCUCUUUCCUGCAAAUGGACAGGAUCCAAAGUUUGGUGCUUUGUCAACCACCCUCCAAAAGGUCCAAAGUGAGAUUGUAAACAAACACAAUGACCUGAGGAGACGAGUCUCUCCGCCUGCCAGCAACAUGCUGAAGAUGCAAUGGGACAGCAAGGCAGCAGCAAAUGCCCAAAACUGGGCAAACAAGUGCCUUCUCAAACACAGCAAGCCAGAGGAUAGAACAGUAGGUACCAGGCGCUGUGGCGAGAAUCUCUUUAUGUCAAGUCACCCUCUUCCAUGGUCAGACGCAACCCAAAGCUGGUAUGAUGAGGUCCGUGAUUUUACCUUUGCUGUAGGGCCAAACAGUCCCCAAGCAGUAGUCGGACAUUAUACCCAGCUUGUUUGGUACUCAUCUUACCGUAUCGGAUGUGCAGUUGCCUACUGUCCCAAUCAACCGAAUCUAAAAUACUUCUACGUUUGCCAGUAUUGUCCUGCUGGUAAUAUUGUUGGCAGAGAACAUGUCCCUUACCAAAAAGGAACACCUUGCGGCAGCUGCCCCAAGCAUUGUGACAAAGGACUAUGCACCAAUAGUUGUGAGUAUGACGAUGCCUAUGCUAACUGUAAAUCUUUGAAGGAAACAUGGACCUGUAAUAAUAACAUUGUGAAGAACAAUUGCCAGGCUUCUUGCAAGUGUCCAGACAAAAUUUAUUAAGUGUCCAGUACAGAUCGAGCAGGGCUAUGUGGAAGAGGGUCGCAUCAUCUGCUCAGAUUCGACAUUUACUAACAAGGAAAUCACAGACAUCUUAGCUAUGUAUUUGAUUCUAGACGGUAAUGAGUCCUUUUCUCCUGGAUCUGCUUUUUAUUCUACAGAAUUUUUUUCAUACAAAAGAUUAAAAAGUAACCUAAUCUAUGAUAACAACUUUGGAUUUUGACAUUGACUUUGGUGAUGUAAAUUUAAUCUAUUGAAUCAGGUUGAAGAUUCUGAAAGCUGUAUUCUCUUCCAACUAAGAUCACUAGAAACCUGAAUUGAAAUUGAGAACCAUGUAUAAAAUGAAGAAGCUACAAGGGUAUAUUGUGCAGCAUGGCGGAUAUAGUCAAUAUUCUAUACUACCUUUAGAUAGAGUAUAACCUUGAAAACUUGUGAAUCACUAUGCUGUAUACCUGAAACUUUUAUACUAUUGUCCAUCACUUAUACCUCAAAAAAGCCCAGGGAGGAGUUAGAGAGUUGUCCCAGAAAACACGGGAGCCCCACAGCCUGGGAGGUGGAGCACAGGAGGCUCUGAAUUAGAACUCACUUUUCAGCUCCUUCAGGCAACACCCAGGACCAGCUGGUCUGCCAGCCUAGGGUGGUUCUCCCAGUCUCCCAUGCACCCCCUCCUCCCCCAUCUCUCAAAACCUGGCCUGGGGCCCUUGGCUGGAGGGUAACCCUCUGCUGGGGAAGCGCUGAGUCAAAAAUAAAAAGAAAUAAAGGAAGGAAGGAUGGAAGGAAGGAUGGAGGUAAGUUAGAAAGAAAGAAAUUGAGAACCAUGCUUCUAGAACAAGAUGUAUAAAAAGAACAGAAUGUAAUAUCAUUGUCUCAGGAAUCCUGAACUACAGCUCUCAUUCCUAGCCCCACUUUAGAGCUCAACGUCUUCAAAGACGGGUCCACAUAUGCUGUCUUUAAUUUUUCCUCUCUCAUUCCCCCUCCUCCCACUGAUCUGUCUCCCAUCUUUAGAAUUAAAUUCAAAUUGUUCUUCCUAAGGUAGCCUCACUCUUCAUUUUACCAAAAUCAGUGAAGCCUUUUGAGUCUGCACCUGCAUAAACUGUACAGUAGAAUAUGACCACGCCUUUCUUUUUAAACCGCUCUUCUAUUAGACAAAUCUUCCUCAAAGAAAAAUUCAACACAAUAUAUGUCAAAACUCUUCCUUCAGGAGGCAGAACCUAGUGCCCUCCCUUUGGAGUCUGAGCUGAAGUUAAGGACUCACUCCCAAAGAGGAAGCUGCGGAAAGAGAACAUUAGUAACUUCACAGAGGAGAACUUUGGCAAAUACCGACUUUUUUCUUUUUUUAAUCCUUUAAAAAUGUGUAUUAGAAGCACACAGUGCCCCUUUAUGGUUUAGCAAAUCUAAAAUAACUGAGUAAUAUACCAUCUAAUCUUUUGUAUAUAGUAAACUAAAACUUGGGGCUAAUACAUUGAUACUAUUGAAGACCUCCAGCUUCCAAUUCCAGUCUCACUCUGGGUGGGCCCUUCUCCCUCCCCCAUGAAGUCUUAGCAAUGGCAUUAGGACAAUGAUGGCAAAUCCCAUCUUAACCAAGUGGUCAAAAUUAACAUCAUUACUGACCCAUCAGUAACAAUUCAUGUGGAUUCAUGUAUCUCUGUAUACGAUGUAAUUAGAAACGUGCAGCCCCAGUCUCAUUAUGAGAUAAAACAUCAGGCAAACCUCAAUUGAGAGGUAUUCUACAAAAUACCCUGACCAGUAUGCCUCAAAACUGUCAAAGCAUGAGCAGUAAGGAAAUUCUGAAAAACCAUUGCAGACCAGAGGAGAAUAAGGAGACGGACAACUAAAUGCAGUGUGGUACCCUGGAUCAGGUCCUGGAACAGAGGAGGUCAUUAAUGGAAAAUUGGUGAAAUCUGCAAAGAGUCUGGGGUAUUUGUAAUAGCAAUGUUGAUUUCUUAUUCUUGACCAAUGUACCAGAGUAACGUAAGGUGUUAAUAUGAGGGGAAACUGAACCUCGGUGAAGAGUAUAUGGGCAUUCUCUGUACUAUCUUUGUUAAAUUUCUGUAAGUCUAAAAAUACUCCA